AUGGAUUUUUGGUCCCGAAUCAUCGGCGGAACUGGAUCCUCCCCAAACAAACCCCGUCCCACCAAUACACCCGCGGAACGUCUUGCGGCUUUCAAAAGAACCUGUAAUGCCUUGCAGCAAACAUGGCGAACGUCAAGUCCACUCGCCUCAAACGAAAGUGCGGCGGAUCAAUGCCGCAAUUGCUUGCAGCGCCUGAACAGUCUGCUGGAUGAGGAAUCCAAGAAGACAGCACCCUACUCCUGCCUUGUCUAUGCCGCAUCCACCCAGCUCUACAUCAUUGUCACCAAGCUUGCCCUGUCUUCGCAAGAUUCGGAAGUCAUCAACGAAGCAGCUCGCUUCUUCCAUAUAUUGAUCGAUGGCGAGGUCGAAGGAGUACUGGACAGCAAGCUGUUUGCUAGGUCGUUGGUCGACCUGGUGAAGAGGACGAUAGGCACCAAGAUCAUCACAUUGAGUGAGCAAGAAGAGGGUGACUUGGUCGAGCUCUUGUUUGGGAUAACAACGAAGAUCCGGCUAGAUCCUGAAAUGCUUCCGGCAUGGUUCUACCCUUCACACAGUCCCGAGACUAUUGAACGACUUGCCACGAAAGACGCUGAGUUUGCCGGUGCUACAAGGAGGACCGACUUUCCUCUCUUCUACCUCCUCAUCGAUUACGUUCACCACGAUGGGAGAACAGGGGAUUUUGCCCGCACUGGCCUGCUCUAUCUUACCGAUACGGCCUCAAAAUCGAAAGAGCUGGAGAGGUGGAUGAUUGAAAGCGAUCUUGCUACGCUGAUGGCUAGCGGACUGGGAGCGUUGUACAGUCGAUUAAGCCGGAGGUUGCCUUCGAUCAUGGAUAGAGAAGAGCUACCACCAAUAUUGGCGCUUUCAGACCACACGUCUGGCUCAGAUGACACGGGCAUUCCGACAGAGAAUUUUCGACAGGAUAUGGAUGCAUUUCUUUCGUAUCUACUUUUUUGGCAGGAUACUCUCAACCAUUGCCAGUCUGUCGAGGUCAAAGAUACUCUACUUGACCACUUCCAAGUAUUGUUCCUUCAACAACUACUUUAUCCAUCUCUUUUGGAGUCAUCCGACAUAAAUGGAGGUUCAACUGCAUCCGUCGUCAUCUAUUUAUACCAAAUCCUGGAGUGUUUGGAAAAUCCAGAUCUGGUAGGUCGGAUUCUCAAAUAUCUGCUUGCUUCCAAAGAUCAGGCCAUUAAUCGCGCGGAAUCACGAAAGCAGAGAAUGUCUUUCAGCCGCCGAAAAUCGCUGGACGCAUUGACGGCUUUGGAACAGGGGCGAGACAAUCCUUCGCCCGAUCUAUUCAACCUUUUGGAUCUGGUCAUGAUGAGCUUGAAGUCAAAACAUCCACAAACUGUUACUGCUGCCUUAAAACUCGUGUCCGUUACCCAGCAACGCCAUCAUCAUUAUGCUUGGGCCUCGCUCAUCCACACUCGGGAGGAAGACCCUAACUUGCCGUUGCGAAAAUUGUCCGAGCUGAAUGCUCAUUUGCAAGGUCUGAUGACUCUGCCGCUAAUCAUCUUGAACGACGGACGUCUCGAUCAAUCCUAUAGUGAAAUCUUGAAAGACGUGCUCAGCUCGCUGGAGACUCACAGCUGUUCGGCACAGUCGGCUCAAAAAGAGACUCUUGAUGAAUAUCAGGGGACGUAUAUGUUGAUUUUGGAGGAUGGCGUACUUAUGAACCAGAUCGAGGUUCUGCUCACCUCCUUUUUUGCAAAUGACACCAUGACGAAUCUGGCCCUGACCGAGGCAAUCAUGUGUAUAGCUUCUUGUAGAUUGACGCGUCUAGAUGGCUGGCUUUUACCUCGACCAUUUCAGGACGGCAAACCCACAAUCACCUCGAUCCUCGAAGGAUUGAUCGAUCAAGUUCGUCAGUGGAAGCAUCAAACACCAGGAUGGGACAGUCUGAUUGCUUCCCAAAAGAGCAACCUGAACGAUCAGGACAUGGAAGAUGCCGAUGCCCCAUCAUUGCCAGCUAGCUUACGGCUUUCAACAGAUGUGGGCCGUUCUUCUCCAGCACCCACUCCAACCCGCCAGUCGAUCGAGGUCUCAAGUCAGCCGGCGACAAGUCGUGGACGUCGGUCUCCUCGAACACUACAUUCUGAAGGUUUCGGCUCCAUUGAUGGAUCAGUCGCAUCUUCACCCAGUCCAAUGAACCGCCUGCAAAGACCUCCUUACCUUGAUUCACCACUACGACAGAGUCUGUUCCUGCCACCAUCUGGUUCCUCACCAACAAGCCAAGCAACAUCCCGCAGUGCUUCCAACACACUUGAUCUACUACAGACUCGCCUCGCAAUACCAACCCCCUACCCUGUCACCUCGGCUCAGCAAUCUAAAUCUAUCUUCCUCGACCGCGCCCUGAAAGACCACGACUCGGUCACUAGUGAAGACGCCAGUGCCUCCGGUAUUGGCACGCCGAGCGAACAGGGUAGUUAUGAUCGUGUUGGUGAGCGUGGUGAUGACAAUUCAAUGACAACACCCACUGUCAGUCUGGGUCAUGUACUUGUCAAUGCCAUUAUCCUGCAGGAAUUUAUCCUGGAGAUUGCGGCGGUGGUGCAGCUGAGGGCGUGUCUGUGGGGGGAGGUUGAAGUCUAA